AUGAUUAUAUGCAUAUUAUCACUAGCAGGCGUGGCAUUGGGAGUUUAUAUCUCGUCAUUGCUUAGAUACCAUUGUAAAACUUUAAAAUAUGACAGCCAAGCUCGGAUGGACGGUAAAACCGUACUAAUUACAGGUGCUUCUUCGGGGAUCGGAAAGGCAACGGCUGAACAUCUCCUCUCGCGAGGAGCCAGAGUCAUCUUAGCAUGUCGUAACUUAACGAAGACGAAGACAGCAGUCGAUGAAAUACUUUCUUCAACUGGUGUUGAUCGAAAAAUGGUCAAUACUGUCCAUUUGGAUCUAUCUGAUCUGGACAGUGUUCGAAAAUGUGCUAAAGAGGAGGAUUUCUUGAGAUGUAGUAGUAGUAGUAGGCAGCCAUCGAUCUCGAGAGACAUUGGAUCUGCUCCUGAAGAAAUCGUGACAGCUGCUGAUGGUGAUGCAGCAUCUGUUGUAGCUGUUGAGACCCACCUGGGAAUGGCAGUUAUGCAUGCAGUGACUCCGUUUGAAGGAACUUUCUGCCAGCGCUACUGCUUUUUUCGUUUUGAUAGCAGUAGGCAUUCGUCGGUCUCGAGAGACCAUGGAUCUACACCUGAAGAAAUCAUGUCAGCUGCUGAUGAUAAUGCAGCAUCUGCUAUGACUGUAGAGGCCCACAUGGGAAUGGCAGUCGUCACUUAUACAGUGACUUCAUUUGAAGGAGCUCUCUGCUAG